AUGACUGACGCAAAGAAGACGCCUGUACCUAGCUCGCCUCAUAGCCCCCCUACCUUACCGGACAAUGCAACCGAUCGCGCUCAGAGCAUAGCGGUGUGCGAGGAGAUUGUCCCACGAUGGAAGCAGGUAUGGCGGCACAGUUUGACACAGAUGAUGCUUCUAAGCGUCCAGGCAUUCUGUGGGCCAGCCAUGUCGGAUGCAAUUACAGGCCUCGGUGGCGGUGGGCUUGCAACUCCACAGGUGUCAAACAUUUCGAACGCGAUCAGAUAUGCGAUGCUUGCGAUCUUCUGCUUCUUCGGCGGCCCCAUAGUGAACAAGAUUGGUGUCAAGUGGGCUCUGGUCAUCGGCUCAAUGUCAUUUCCGAUCCAAGGGUCCGCAUACUACUGCAAUAGCAAGUUUGGAAACCAAUGGUACCUCAUUCUCAGUGGUGCUAUAGGCGGAAUAGGGACCGCUUGCUGGUAUGUCGCCGAGGCCGGAGCCAUAAUGACGCUGGCCCCUUCCGGCGCGCGCGGGAAGUACCUGGCACUGUGGAUUGUGUCGCGGAACCUCGGACAGCUGGUGGGAGGUGCAAUCAACCUAGCCAAGAACCAUGAAAAAGGUGUCAGUGGUGGAGUCACACCUGAUACCUUUGUUGCCUUUGUGAUUAUUGAGUGCAUCGCUCUCCCAUUUGCACUAUUGAUCACCCCUUUCGAACGCGUUAUCCGAUCGGAUGGCACCAAAAUUGUCACCUCAGAGACACUUUCUACCAAACGGGAAAUCAAAUACAUUGCGAAAACCGUAACUUCAAGGCUCAUUGUGCUCUCUGCCCUUUGGGCACUGUGGUCGUUCUUCUACACUGGUACCUGGUCCACCUACUUAGGAAUCUACUUCUCCGUCCGCGCCCGCGCCCUCUCAUCGCUGAUCUCGCCUUUCUUUUGCAUUAUCGGCUGCUUCGGUCUCGGGUAUAUUCUUGACAUGAGGGGUCUCAAUCAACGCCGCCGCGCCCAGAUUGGCCUUUAUACCGUUGUUAUCCUCAACGUCGGGGUGUACAUCUGGUCCAUCAUUAUGCAGACAAAAUUCAAUCGGAAUGAUCCGGGACACAUCGAUUGGGACGACCGGCUCUACGCGUCCUCCUUCCUGCCGUACUUCUUUAUCCAGACCACAGGUCCCUUGUCACAGUCGUACAUGUAUUGGCUGCUGUCGUCCUUUGCAACGGAUGCGCAGGAAAACGUGCGCAAUGGUGCUGCAUUCCGAUGCAUCGAGGCUGUUGGGCAGGCAGUUGCCUACGGCAUGAACUCUCAAACCACGAGCAGCCCUCUUGUUGGAUUCUGCGUGACGUUCGCCCUGCUCGGCGCUUCUUUAUUGCCCAUGAUCAUGCUCGUUAAUACAACACCAGAUCGCAUCCCCGCCGAUGUCAUUGCCGAGCAGCAAAAUGUCGCUCAUGAAAAGCUUGAGGGUGUCUAA